UAAUUGUGUGGCUAAUCAUAUAGACUUCAAAUUGGUCAAGCCAUGGCUUCACCAGACCGUCGACUGAGGCGCCAUGAAUUACCAUUUGGACUCUUCCUCACCUGCUUCCUUGGAUUGCUUUUGUCAUUUCCCUUCACUGCUGAAGCUGCUCUGAAGAGAUACCAGUUUGAUAUUGUGGUGAAGAACGUCAGUAGACUGUGCCAUGCAAAGCCAAUCGUGACGGUGAACGGGAGGUACCCAGGCCCAACCAUAUACGCUCGAGAAGGUGAUCGUCUGAUCAUCAACGUCACUAACCACGCACAAUACAACAUGUCCAUCCACUGGCAUGGGCUGAAGCAAUUCAGAAAUGGGUGGGCGGAUGGACCGGCAUACAUCACACAGUGUCCAAUCCAGAGCGGCAGCGCGUACGCCUAUGACUUCAAUAUCACAGGACAGCAGGGUACAUUAUGGUGGCAUGCUCAUAUUUUGUGGCUCAGGGCUACUGUCUACGGUGCCUUUGUCAUCAUGCCCAAGGUGGGUGUUCCCUUCCCCUUCCCCCAGCCAGAUGAAGAAGCUGAAAUAAUCCUAGGGGAAUGGUGGAACUCUGAUGUAGAGGAGAUUGUCAAACAGGGCAACAAACUCGGGCUGCCUCCCACCAUGUCGGACGCCCACACUAUCAACGGCAAGCCAGGCCCUCUAUUCCCUUGUUCCGACAAACACACCUACGCCAUCGAAGUCCAAUGGAGAAAAACCUACUUACUCCGCAUCAUCAACGCCGCACUCAAUGACGAGCUCUUCUUCUCUAUCGCCGGCCAUAACAUGACCGUAGUCGAAAUUGACGCCGUCUACAUCAAACCAUUCACCACAGCCUCCCUCCUCAUCGCUCCUGGCCAAACCACCAACGUCCUCCUCCACGCAGACGGCACCCCCAGCCGCUACUUCAUGGCCACCCGCCCCUUUAACGACGCCCCUAUCCCCGUAGAUAACAGAACCGCCACCGCUAUUCUACAAUACAAAGGUAUUCCAACGACCGUCCUGCCGCUCCUCCCUGUUCUGCCCGAACCCAAUGACUCCGAAUUCGCCGAAGCAUACAAUGCCAAGCUGCGCAGCUUGAAUUCAGGAAAAGUGCCUCUCGCCGUUGACCGCCAUCUAUUCUACACCAUCGGGCUCGGCACCAACCCGUGCCCGAGUUGCCUGAACGGGACGCGUCUCGCGGCGUCGCUGAACAAUAUUAGUUUUUUGAUGCCGAAGGUGGGGUUGCUUCAGGCCCAUUACUUCAAUGUGAGUGGGGUUUUCCGGCUGGAUUUUCCGGAUAGGCCACCGACGGUGUUUAAUUACACCGGCACACCGCUGAAUGCGAACCUUGGGACGUUGCAGGGCACGAGACUGAGCAGGGUGGCGUUCAACUCUACCGUUGAGCUGGUGCUUCAGGACACAAGCCUUUUGACUAUUGAGUCCCAUCCUUUUCAUCUUCAUGGCUACAAUUUCUUUGUCGUGGGAAGGGGAACUGGAAAUUUCGACCAUGCGAAGGAUCCGGCGAAGUUUAACUUGGUGGAUCCGCCGGAGAGAAAUACAGUUGGAGUACCAACGGGUGGGUGGACGGCCAUAAGGUUCAGAGCUGAUAAUCCAGGGGUUUGGUUCAUGCAUUGCCAUCUGGAGCUUCACACAAUGUGGGGACUGAAGAUGGCUUUUGUGGUAGAGAAUGGGAACGGUCCGGAAGAAUCUAUCUUGCCGCCUCCUAGAGAUCUACCGCCCUGCUAAUCUUCUUCAACAAAGUCGCGCGCUGCCCCGUUUUUUUAUUUUUAAAUAUUGUUUUGUUCUCUUCAGAUUUGAUUGAGGCUUUGAAAGGAGAAGCUUCUGUGUGAAUAAGUUGCCUAAAAGACUAUGUUGGGGCAAUGAAUUUGUACUCCUCUUUAUCGUUUUCGAUAGGGAUUCUUGUAAUGGUUCAAGUUAAUGUUGUCACUUAUUUCUGUCAUGCCAAAACCGCAGGCCUUGGCAAUUAGUUUACCAGGUUAU